CAACGCACGGACAUCAUGUGUGCUAGUAAACUAAAACGGAGGGAGCGUGAAGGGCGCCGGUGGGGGUGCUCUUACGGGAGUUUUGCACAUUCCGACACUUAAUUAUAAGAACAUACAUCCGCCGGCCAGACCGUCCCCACGCCAUCACGGUCACAAAAGAUCAGGCGGCACCUAAUCCACCACCCACCCCAUAAUCUCCCUUGCGCAUAAAACAGUCGACCCCACCUGAACCCAAAAGUCGCUUAACAUCCAAGCAAUCGAGAAGCUUUCGGGCCAAGAAUCACGAAAUGGGCAAGGGCAAGGUCCACCCGUCGCCGCCGGCCGCUGCCGCCGGCGAGACGGCGGAGGGGGUGCUUCUCCGUCUGCUCCCCGCGGUUGUGCUCGCCAUGGCGGCCCCGCUGGGGCCCGAGGGGAAGGAGGUGCUCGCGUACCUCGUCCUCGCCUCGCUGCGCUCCUCGGCGCCGCCCACGCCGGCGAGGGAGGAGCUCGUGGAGGGGUGCGGGAGGAAGCCCCACCGCCCCGAGCUCGGGUGCGGCUGCUUCGGGUGCUACACGGCGUACUGGUCGCGCUGGGACGGGUCGCCGGAGCGCGACCGCGAGGCGAUCCACCGGGCCAUCGAGGCGUUCGACGAGCACCUGGCCCGGAAGGAGGAGGGGAAGGGCGUCCGCCGCCGCAAGAAGCGAGCGGCCUCCUCCAAGGGCAAGGCUAAGGCACCGGCCGCCGUUGACCCUCCGCUGCCUGAGCAGGGGGAGGCCUCGGCCGCCGCGGCUCGUGUGCCGGCAGAGGUGGUUGACGGCGGGGAGGAGGAAGUGAGGGCGGUGGAAGAGGAGGAAGCCACCACCGCUGCUUGCGCCCGCGACGACGUCCCGGAGGAGCGCAGGCGGCGGGUGUGGGGGGCCGUCGCCGGCGUGUUCAACUGGAGGGGGUGGGGCCUGUGGGGGUCUCACUCGUCGGUGACGCAAGCCGAUAUUCCUCGUCAGUGAGAUCUUUAGUUCGUUUAGCCGGUUGGUGGGCUUGAUGUUCUGUUGGGGUUUUAGGUUUGGAUCUUUUUUUUUUUUCAUGUACACUAGUACUACUUGUAUGUUACACUAGCACAAUGAUGAUAAUAAUGGUAGUGUGGUGGUCAUGUAUUUGGUUCCUUGGUGUAAAUAUCGGUUAUGGUUGGUGUCAUGCGUGUCUGUAUUUUUCAGUAUUUUUGUAGGAUUUUAUAUAUAUAUAGAAUGUUCGAUUUACAUGACUA